AUGGGAUCCAGUAGAAAGAGAAAAAAAACAACAACACCAUUGAGAGAAGACAGACAAAAUGGAGAGGAGAAAGAGAAGAUAACACCAAAACGGAGAGGAAUUGCCAUAGAGGAUCCACAGGAGGGAUGCAGCCAGCAGGUGAGCAAGGCCCAACCUGCUACUCAGCUGCCUAAAAACACCUCAUUUCUUCAUGGACUGCAGAACCAGUGGAGAAGGUUUGCAGGAUUCAUAAAGAAGAAGAAAACAUACAUCCUUAAAAAAGGAAGACAACUUUGGGGAAUUGAUGACCCCAAUAAAACAACAACCAAACAUCAAAGCUCAGUCAAGGGCUCCAAAAAUAAGAUAGAAUCUCGCAAAAGGGAAACAGAAGACCACGGUGCACCCACUAAAAGACCGAAAUUAGAAAGUGCAACAACUACAAAAUCAAAAGAACCAAAUGUUGCAUUUGAAGUGGGAGAAACAACAGAGAAGCGCCUAAGUGGGAGAAAAAGACCCUUUACAGAUAGAAGAUCCAAAAUUAACAUGAAUGAACUGGAGCCAAGGAAGAAGGCUAAGCUAGACAGCGACUACUCUCAUAAAGAGAGCACUGAAGAAGGGGAAAAGGCCACAGCGCCUUUAACGGUGGACAAAUUUACAUUCCAUCAUGUUCUUGGAGAAGGUGGCUUUGGAAAGGUGAUGCUGGCAACAGACUCCAUACGGAAAGAAAGUGUUGCCAUCAAAGCAGUAAAAAAGAGAUCAGCGCUAAGGUGGUCGUCAGGAUUAGAAGAAGGUGAAUUCCUGCAGAUUGCUCAGGAGAGCAUCUUUCUGGUUCACGGCUAUGGAGCUUUUCAUACUCAGAACUACAUCUACUUCGUCAUGGAGCUGGUCACUGCCGGGACUCUCUAUGACUUGAUUGAAGAGAGACAAUGGCUAAGCCUCUGCACCGUACGAUUUCUAGUUGCAGAGAUGGUAUGUGGAAUACAGUUCCUCCAUUCCAAAGGCAUCGUUCACAGAGACCUGAAAGCCGAUAACAUCCUCUUGACUACAAAAGGCCACAUUAAGAUCACUGAUUUUGGUCUUGCUAUCAGAGUCACAAGAGAAGGAGACAUUCACGGGACCCCUGCACCAGAAAAGAUCACUGGUGAGCCGUAUUACGCUGCAGAAGACUGGUUUUCUUUAGGCGUAAUUACCAACGGUUUAGUAACCGGCUGUAGACCUGCAGAGACGGUUGCACAAGUCACUGACAUGGUCCAAAAACAAGAAACAUCUGAAAACUUUGACCAUGCUGCUAAAGACUUGUUAACUGGGCUCCUGUGCAAGGACAAGUCUCUAAGAUUAGGGAUGAGAGGCAACAUACGUGAGCAUACCUUUUUCUCUUCAAUUAACUGGGAUGAACUGGAAUCAGGAAAAACUGAGUCACCACUCAAAAUCAGUGAAGACACCAUGGAAGAGUAUGUGACAAGGCAGAUAUCGGUACCACACAGUGAGGCUGAGAAGAAGCAGCCAAUCAUAAACCAAGAGCUGUUCGAGAAGGUCUCAUUUGUCUGUCCAGCUUGGAGUGCACACUACCACACUGCUCCAAUGCACCCGGACCCUUAG